GGUUGGUGUUGUUCAGCUGCGUGGGUGCCGAUGCCAACGUCACUGCCAGCACGGAGGGGGUCUCCUGCGGCGCGGACCAGAGCUGCACCGGGAAUGUGACACAGCUGCGGCACCAAGGCCACUUCUCCCGCUGUCCCGAGGAGUACAGGCACUACUGCGUCAAGGGGCGAUGCCGCUUCCUCGUGGCCGAAAAGGCGCCCGCUUGCGUGUGUGAGCGAGGUUACACGGGAGCUCGUUGCGAAAGGGUGGAUAUCUUCUACCUGCGAGGCGACCGGGGCCAGAUUGUGAUCAUCUCCGUGAUCGCAGCUGUCGUCACCCUCAUCGCCCUCGGCAUCUGCGCCUGCCUCUGCACUCAUCACUGUCGGAAGCAGCGGAGGAAGAGAAAAGCAGAAGAGAUGGAGACACUCAACAAGGAUUUGCCUUCCAAAAAUGAGGAUGUGCUGGAAACGGGCAUUGCGUGA